CCUCAGCGGCAGUCUCUUCUGAUGUUCUGUGCUGUGCCUGGCGUUAACAGCAGCAGCAGCCGCCGCGAUGACGUCAUCCUGUCGCUGUCACGUGGCCCAGAGUAUAAAUAGAAUCCGAGAAUGUUCUUUAUAAACUUCAUUAUUUCUGUCAGUGUCUGUGACGUCAUGGCAGUUGAAGAGCGCGCGGAGUGUUCUAAGUGGCUGAAGGAGAGAGACAGGUCCGGCCGGAUUGCGGGAGUGGACCGGCUGCGGGUCUGCGCGGUUCUGGAGCGCUGUGCGGAUCAGCUGGCCAUUCUGGGGAGCAUCAUGCCGGACAUUAGGAGGGUCCGCCCGGGGGCGGAGGAGGCUGAGGGUCUGUGCCGGGCAGAGCGCAGACAGACCCUGGCCAAAGCGGAGAGAGACAGACAGGUAGUGGCCCAGGUAAUCACAGACCUGCUGAGUGAAAUUCAAGAGAGUGGCACAUUUUACAGCCUGGUUCAGGCAACGGAGGAAGAGAAGAGGAAGGGAGAUCUCCAGCCUGAUACUUUCAUCAGUCAGGAGCUCAGGAUUAAAGACCUGCAGCAGCAGCUGGUUGAUAUUCAGAAGGAGAAAACAUUAGAAAUUGAGAGGCUGGAUGGCAUUAGGACAGAAAUGGAGAAGCAGCUGCAGCAGGUCACACUACAGACCAGCAAAAAGAAGAACUACGCCAUAAGCAGCACUGAUCUGUUCAUCUACCAGGGAGAGAAAAUGGCCCGUCAGAAGGAGCAGAGUCUUAAGGAGAAGAAAAAGAUGGUUCAGGCAAGGAUUGAAGAGGCGAUCAGGGUUCAAGAAGACACUGAAUCAUUCCUUAAGACAGAAAAAACAGACUUGCAGGAAAAGCUAGCAUACUGGGUGGAUCGAUAUGAGAAGAAAACAGAGGAGAAAGAGCAAGAACUUAGCAUUUUAAAAAGCCAGAGGGCCGACAUCCAGGCGCAGCUGCAGAGCCUGGCUUUAAAAUGCAAGGAGAUGGACCAGUUCAUUAUUGUGGACGAAAUGGAGAGGGAGGCCCUGCAGCUCCAGCUGGAGAAAGAGCAGCAGGAGAAAGAAGCAGCAACUAAGAUUCAGGCCUGGUGGAGGGGAACUCUAGUUAGAAUAGCCAUGAAAGCGAAGUCCAAAGCUAAAGGGGGUAAAAAAGGAAAAAGAAAAGGAAAAGGAAAAAAGAAAUGAUGUGAUCUUAAAGAAAAUCUGAACUUCCCAUACCAGAAAAUACUUUAAUAUUUAUCACAUCAUUUCUGCUGUGGAAUACCCUCGCCACAAUAAAAGAAAAACAAAAGAAAAGAAUAAAAAUACAAGAUACAAGAUUAAGAAGUAAAAUUCCUCAUUUUACCAAAUCUGAGGACUGAACCUGAAUAAUAAAAAACUGCAGGAUUCAGGUAGUGAAGCAGCUCUCUCUCCAAUCUCUAUCCCCCAAAAACAGUAUUUAAAGCAGCAGUGCAGGAUUACUUUUGAUAUCAGUACUGAAUGUGGGCUCGUGGUCGAGGACAGAAAUCCAGUUUGUAAAGAAAUUGGCAGCAAAAUGACUCCAAUAGAGGAAACACAAUCCCUCUAUAUGUUUUUAAAUUUAAUCUCUAAAGAAACAUCAGUUAAACGGUUAAAUGUUGAUGGUAAAAUGUGCUAUUAAUUCAGGGUUCCAGCUACAUCUGCAUUGUAUGUUCAUUCAGUAACUUUAGAUUUGUGAACAAACACACACUGACCCCCAUCUGACCCCAUGAAUAAAAAUAUAAACCUUU